GCCAUAUUUGCUCUUGUAAGAAGUGAGGCGGGAGCGAACGAGAGUGGCGCUCGAGUGCGGCGUCGAUUGGGAACGUGUGAGGGGGAGUUAGAAACAGAGAUCGGGCCAUCGUUGGCUUAAUCUAGGCACCCUGGCACGGUGACGGAAUUACCUGCUGUUAUUACAUGUUGAUUUUUGGACAGAAUUGUCAGAGUGGAAGACGGUUCUUAUUAGAAAAGCAUUUAACUGUUGUUGUUUUCGUUCUUAUUAGUAAAAUAGACUUAACAUUGUGGGACGGUGGUGCAGCAAGGAAUAAAACGAUCCACGAUAUAACUUUCAUUUCUAGAAUUGGUGACCCAUUUUGAGUUAGCGGGGAUAAAAUUGUACUAAACGGUGGUGGUAAGAAAUACAACUAGAAACAGAGUGAGAAGCCGGGUGAAAGGGUACCAGGUCUGCCAUGGCGGUAAGCCUGGAUAAAGAGGCCUAUUAUCGGCGGAUCAAGCGACUCUACAACAACUGGAAGAAAGGAGAAGAUGAGUUUUCAAAGAUUGAUGCUAUAGUAGUGUCGGUGGGAGUGGAUGAAGAAAUUGUUUAUGCAAAGUCUACUGCUCUGCAGACAUGGCUGUUUGGAUAUGAAUUAACUGACACUAUUAUGAUUUUCUGUGAAUCAAAGAUAGUCUUUAUGGCUAGUAAGAAGAAAGUAGAAUUUCUCAAGCAGAUAGCCAAUACCAAGGGGAACGAAAAUGCAAAUGGAGUACCACCUAUUACACUGCUUGUCAGGGAAAAGAACGAGAGUAACAAAGGAAACUUUGAUAAAAUGAUUGAGGCCAUCAAAGGCAGUAAGGGGGGCAAGACAAUUGGGGUUUUCACUAAAGACAAAUUUCCAGGAGAAUUCAUGAAGAGCUGGAACGAUGCCCUUAAUAAAGAGGGAUUAGAGAAGGCGGACAUUAGUGCUGCUGUUGCCUAUACAAUGGCUGUAAAGGAAGAUGGAGAAUUAAAUCUAAUGAAAAAAGCUGCAAGCAUCACAUCAGAGGUCUUUAAUAAGUUCUUCAAGGAAAGGGUGAUGGAGAUUGUGGAUGCAGAUGAGAAAGUACGUCACAGUAAAUUAGCAGAGUCGGUAGAGAAAGCAAUUGAAGAGAAAAAAUACUUAGCUGGAGCAGACCCUUCCACAGUUGAAAUGUGUUACCCACCCAUAAUACAGAGUGGAGGAAACUAUAACCUCAAAUUUAGUGUGGUCAGUGACAAGAACUAUAUGCAUUUUGGAGCUGUUACUUGUGCAAUGGGUAUUCGCUACAAAUCUUAUUGCUCAAAUCUAGUGCGAACGCUUAUGGUGGACCCUCCUCAGGAGAUGCAAGAUAAUUACAACUUUUUGCUGCAAGUGGAAGAGGAGCUUCAAAAAGAAAUGAAAAAUGGGGCAAAACUUUCUGAUGUCUACAAUGCAGUUAUUGAAUUUGUCAAAAAAGAGAAGCCAGAUCUUGUGAGCAAGCUCACUAAGAACCUGGGGUUUGCAAUGGGUAUUGAAUUUAGAGAAGGCUCUUUGGUAUUGAAUAACAAGAAUCAGUACAAACUAAAAAAGGGCAUGGUAUUUAGUGUGAACUUGGGAUUUUCUGAUAUGACUAACAAAGAGGGAAAGAAAGAAGAACAGAAAAAAUAUGCUCUCUUCAUUGGAGAUACAGUGCAGAUCAAUGAGGAUGGCCCUGCUGCACUUCUGACUCCUGUGAAGAAAAAGAUAAAAAAUGUGGGAAUUUUCCUUAAGAAUGAAGAUGAGGAGGAAGAUGAAGAAGAUAAAGAUGAGGCUGAAGAAUUAUUGGGAAGAGGUGCUCGAGCUGCUCUAAUCACUGAGAGAACUAGGAAUGAAAUGACAGCAGAAGAAAAGAGGAGGGCUCAUCAGAAAGAACUGGCAAAUCAGAUGAACGACGAAGCCAAAAGAAGAUUGACUGAGCAAAAGGGAGAGCAGCAGACACAGAAAGCUCGAAAAUCUAAUGUGUCUUACAAGAAUGCCUCACAAAUGCCAAAAGAAAAAGAGAUCAGAGAAAUGAAGAUUUACAUUGACAAGAAGUAUGAAACUGUUAUCAUGCCAGUGUUUGGGAUUGCUACACCUUUUCACAUUGCUACUAUUAAGAAUAUCAGUAUGUCUGUGGAAGGUGAUUAUACGUAUCUUCGAAUCAAUUUUUAUUGUCCUGGCAGUGCUUUGGGCAGAAAUGAGGGCAACAUUUUUCCCAAUCCAGAAGCAACUUUUGUUAAGGAAAUUACAUACCGUGCAUCCAACUUGAAAAAUCCAGGUGAUACCUUGGUGCCGUCUAUGAAUCUUCAGAAUGCAUUCCGUAUUAUUAAAGAGGUACAAAAGCGUUACAAGACCAGGGAAGCAGAAGAGAAGGAAAAGGAAGGAAUUGUCAAGCAGGAUUCACUGGUCAUCAAUCUUAAUCGCAGCAAUCCCAAACUGAAGGACCUUUAUAUUCGGCCUAAUAUUGCACAGAAGAGAAUGCAGGGGUCUUUGGAGGCACACACAAAUGGUUUCCGAUUCACUUCAGUCAGGGGGGACAAGGUUGACAUUCUUUACAAUAAUAUCAAGCACUCAUUAUUUCAGCCCUGUGAUGGUGAGAUGAUCAUCGUGCUUCAUUUUCAUCUUAAGAAUGCAAUUAUGUUUGGCAAGAAGAGACAUACAGAUGUGCAGUUCUAUACAGAAGUUGGUGAGAUCACAACAGAUUUAGGAAAACAUCAGCACAUGCAUGACAGAGAUGAUCUCUAUGCAGAACAGAUGGAGAGGGAAAUGAGACAUAAACUGAAAACUGCCUUCAAAAAUUUCAUUGAGAAAGUAGAAUCUUUGACAAAGGAAGAGCUGGAAUUUGAAGUGCCUUUCAGAGCACUGGGAUUUAGUGGUGCUCCUUACAGAAGUACGUGUCUCUUGCAGCCAACUAGCAGUGCGUUAUGUAAUGUAACUGAAUGGCCUCCUUUUGUAGUAACUCUUGAUGAGGUGGAGCUUGUCCACUUUGAACGUGUGCAGUUUCACCUUAAGAACUUUGAUAUUGUGAUUGUGUAUAAAGAUUACAACAAGAAAGUGACAAUGAUCAACGCUGUGCCUAUCAACUCCUUGGACCCAAUUAAAGACUGGCUCAACUCAUGUGAUAUAAAGUACACUGAGGGUGUACAAUCACUGAACUGGACCAAAAUCAUGAAAACAAUUGUUGAUGACCCAGAGGGAUUCUUUGAGCAAGGUGGCUGGUCAUUCUUGGAUCCGGAAAGUGAGGGCAGUGGAGGAGAAGACAAUGGUUCAGAAUCUGAACUUGAAGAUGAAACAUUUAAUCCCUCAGCUGAGGAGGAUGAGGGGGAAGAAGAUGACAGUGAUGAAGAUUACUCUUCUGAAACAGAGGACACUGACUAUAGUGCCUCAUUGGGAAGUGAUGAAGAGAGUGGCAAAGAUUGGGAUGAGCUUGAAGAGGAAGCCAGAAAAGCGGACAGAGAAAGCAGGUAUGAAGAAGUAGAGGAGCCAAGUCGAAAAAGGAAAAGACCCUCUGCCCCUGCAUCUUCAAGCAAAAAGAAAAGGAAAUGAAGAAUUUAAACUAAUCUAUCCCUAUCAAAUAUGACUCUUAACCACCCAUCUGUCCUUUUGUCUCUAUUGAAUGAGGCCAACGGAUUGUAUUGCGGGUAUAAACUUCAGAAGAGACAUUCAAAAACAAAACAAAAAAAACUAUCUUUUACAAUAUAAGAGUCUUGUUUUCUUUUUGAUACUGGUUUUCUGCCUACUAAAACGUUCCUCUAGAUGCUUGUUACAGAAAGGAGAAGAAUUUUUUUAUACUCACUUCUUGAAAGGUUUGAUUUUGGCCAUUUUUUUUUUUUUUGUCGGAAAAGGCCUCACCCCUUGUGAUUUCAACACCAAUUAGUUAUUUGUAAUCACUGCUCCUUCAGCAAAGUUUAAUUUUUAUAAUUUAGAGAAAGCACAUUUGUCUUUAACAAAUGUGUGGUGUACAUAUUACUUUGUUUAUGUUGGUAUAUUGAUUACGUCCCUUGUAUUUUGGGUCUCUAUAGUGUAACUGAAUUUUUCAUUUAUACAUCCAAACUAGGUGUAGCCCAUCAAAAUAUAUAUAUUCUCCCACUUUUCAUAGAACUUAAAUCAGUUAGCUGGAAAACGAAGCAUUUUGUAUGACAGCGUUCCUUGCUGACUUGGAAGAGAGUUCUACUGGCUUAGGAAAGAAAAACUUCUAUAAAAUGUUUUGCUCCUCUGUGCUCAGUUUUUACUCUUGAUGAGUUAGCUACAUCGCCUUGACAACUGUGUCAUAUUACACAAAAUCAAUCUGAGCCCUACUGUGUAAGGGGAUGAUCAACAGUAUGCAUUUAUGUACAGAUAAAACUGAGUGAGUGAGCUCCUUCUAUUGUCCUCGUCUAAUUUUUUUAUGGACCAAAUGUAUGCUUUAUUUGUGUGUUUAUUUUUAUGUGUUUUGGAUACUUUUUUAAAUGUACAAAACUAUCUUGACGAACUGCCUAGGACUGACUAAGUUGGAAAUGUGUGAAUAAAGUAAUGAUACUUAAUGGA